GCCUCCUCCUCCUCCUCUUCCUCUCUGGUCUCCUCCCUCCUCCGGGCCGGGUUGCAAAUGGCUUCGUUCCCCGAGACCGACUUCCAGAUCUGCCUGCUGUGCAAGGAGAUGUGCGGCUCGCCAGCGCCGCUCUCCUCCAGCUCCUCCGCGUCUUCGUCGUCCUCGCAGACAUCCACGUCGUCGGGGAACUGCGGCGGCGGCGGGGGCCCCGGGGCAGCGGCGCGCCGCCUGCACGUCCUGCCCUGUUUGCACGCCUUCUGCCGCCCGUGCCUCGAGGCGCACCGGCUGCCGGCGGCGGGCGGCGGCGCGCCGGGAGAGCCACUCAAGCUGCGCUGCCCUGUUUGCGACCAGAAAGUCGUGCUGGCCGAGGCUGCAGGCAUGGACGCGCUGCCCUCGUCCGCCUUCCUACUCAGUAACCUGCUUGACGCCGUAGUGGCCACGGCCGACGAGCCGCCGCCCAAGAACAACGGGCGCGCCGGCGCACCGGCGGGCGCGGGCGGCCACAGCAACCACCGGCACCACCCGCACCACGCGCAUCCGCGCGCGCCCGCAUCGUCGCCGCCACUCCCGCAGGCGCCGCCGGCACCCGCGCCUUCCCGCGGCGCGCCGGGCGGCUCAGCUGCUUCUCCGUCGGCGCUGUUGCUGCGCCGGCCUCACGGCUGUAGCUCGUGCGAUGAGGGCAACGCAGCCUCGUCGCGCUGCCUCGACUGCCAGGAGCACCUGUGCGACAACUGCGUCCGCGCGCAUCAGCGCGUGCGCCUCACCAAGGACCACUACAUUGAGCGUGGCCCGCCGGGUCCCGCCGCCGCGGCCGCCGCGCAGCAGCUCGGGCUCGGGCCGCCUUUCCCCAGCUCGCCCUUCUCCAUCCUCUCGGUGUUUCCCGAGCGCCUCGGCUUCUGCCAGCACCACGACGACGAGGUGCUGCACCUCUACUGUGACACUUGCUCGGUGCCUGUCUGUCGUGAGUGCACGAUGGGCCGGCAUGGAGGCCACAGCUUCGUCUACCUGCAGGAGGCGCUGCAGGACUCACGGGCACUCACCAUCCAGCUGCUGGCCGACGCCCAGCAGGGCCGCCAGGCAAUCCAGCUGAGCAUCGAGCAGGCGCAGGCAGUGGCAGAGCAGGUGGAGAUAAAGGCCAAGGUGGUGCAGUCGGAGGUCAAAGCUGUGACCGCUCGGCACAAGAAGGCCCUGGAGGAGCGAGAGUGCGAGCUGCUGUGGAAGGUAGAGAAGAUCCGCCAGGUGAAAGCCAAGUCCCUGUACCUGCAGGUGGAAAAGCUGCGGCAAAACCUCAACAAGCUCGAGAGCACCAUCAGUGCCGUCCAGCAGGUCCUGGAGGAGGGCAGGGCGCUGGACAUCCUCCUGGCCCGAGACCGCAUGCUGGCCCAGGUGCAGGAGCUGAAGACCGUGCGCAGCCUGCUGCAGCCCCAGGAAGACGAUCGGGUCAUGUUCACGCCGCCCGACCAGGCCCUCUACCUCGCCAUCAAAUCCUUCGGCUUCGUCAGCAGUGGGGCCUUCGCACCCCUCACCAAGGCCACAGGUGAUGGCCUCAAGCGGGCCCUCCAGGGUAAGGUGGCCUCCUUCACUGUCAUUGGCUAUGACCACGAUGGGGAGCCCCGCCUCUCGGGGGGCGACCUGAUGUCUGCCGUGGUCCUGGGCCCCGACGGCAACCUGUUUGGUGCAGAGGUGAACGAUCAGCAGAACGGGACUUACGUGGUGAGCUACCGGCCCCAGCUGGAGGGUGAACAUCUGGUGUCCGUCACCCUGUGCAACCAGCACAUCGAAAACAGCCCCUUCAAGGUGGUCGUCAAGUCGGGCCGCAGCUACGUGGGCAUCGGGCUCCCGGGCCUGAGUUUUGGCAGCGAGGGUGACAGCGACGGCAAGCUGUGCCGCCCGUGGGGUGUGAGCGUGGACAAGGAGGGCUACAUCAUUGUCGCCGACCGCAGCAACAACCGCAUCCAGGUAUUCAAGCCCUGCGGAGCCUUCCACCACAAGUUUGGCACCCUGGGCUCCCGGCCCGGGCAGUUUGACCGGCCCGCCGGGGUGGCCUGCGACGCCUCACGCAGGAUCGUGGUGGCGGACAAGGACAAUCAUCGCAUCCAGAUCUUCACCUUUGAGGGCCAGUUCCUCCUCAAGUUCGGCGAGAAAGGAACCAAGAACGGGCAGUUCAACUACCCUUGGGAUGUGGCGGUGAAUACCGAGGGUAAGAUCCUGGUCUCAGAUACACGGAACCACCGGAUCCAGCUAUUUGGGCCCGAUGGGGUCUUCCUGAAUAAGUACGGCUUUGAGGGGGCUCUCUGGAAGCACUUUGACUCCCCACGAGGGGUGGCCUUCAACCACGAGGGCCACCUGGUGGUCACCGACUUCAACAACCACCGCCUGCUUGUCAUCCACCCCGACUGCCAGUCGGCACGCUUCCUGGGCUCCGAGGGUACUGGCAACGGGCAGUUCCUGCGUCCGCAGGGUGUGGCUGUAGACCAGGAGGGGCGCAUCAUCGUGGCCGACUCCAGGAACCACCGGGUACAGAUGUUCGAGUCCAACGGCAGCUUCCUGUGCAAGUUCGGCGCCCAGGGCAGUGGCUUUGGGCAGAUGGACCGCCCCUCAGGCAUCGCUGUCACCCCCGACGGGAUGAUCGUCGUGGUGGACUUCGGCAACAAUCGAAUCCUCAUCUUCUAAUCGAGUUUCUAGGCUUCUCUGUGUGGGGUGUCCGUGUGUGCGUCUCUCUCUCACUCUCUCUUUUUGAAUUUCAAAGAAGAAACCGUCUCAGGGAAAUUUCUUUCUUUCUUUCUUUCUUUUUUUUUCUUAUUUUAAAAGAGAACAAGAAAAGUACAACAUUGCUUAAGUCCUACCUCAUCUUUAUUUUUUUACAGAUGAAUGUACUUAUCUUUUCUGCAGGGAUGGAGCCUGUGAAGUGAUAAUUUCUAUCUACCUCAUAAACCUUUACAUUUCCUUCUCCAGCAGGCCCUCGGCCCCCUCCCGCUGCCCCUCAGUGGGGCUCAUAUUUCCCUCUUGGCCCACGUGGGGGCGUGAUAUGCACAAGCCUGGUAUCUGUAAGGCUGGGAGGGCACUGGAUGGGUUUGGUGGGUGUAUUCUGUAGAUUGAGCCAAGGAAACACAAAAAUACUACG